UUGUGAGAAAACUCAAGUAGUUUUUGCUCGGAAAUAACAAAGCCGAAGAAAAGAACAGGAGCGUUUUGGGUUAGAUAUGGAUGAUCAAGAGCAGACGAGUUGCAAGUUUGAGAUAGAUAACUUCUCGGAGAAGGAAGGUGUGAUACCAUCUCCAAAAUUCUUAAGCGGCGGCUGCGAAUGGUAUGUUUGCGUUUAUCCCAAAGGAGACAAUAUUGAAGAUCACUUGGCUCUGAACCUCUACGUUGCGAAUCGUGAAUCACUGCGACUUGGAUGGAAAAGAAGAGCUACCUUUUCCUUCCUUCUGUUGAAUCAAUCAGGCAAAGAGCUCUAUAGAACAGAUGUAUUAAGGUGCAAGUUGUUCUGCGCUCAGGUCCCAGGAUGGGGUUUGCCAAGGACCCUUGUUUCAGUGAGUAGACUUUUCACCAAGCACCCGGACUUUGCAACAAAUUUCAAACCAAAGAACAAACUAGUUAAGACAACAUACAUGAAUAUCUUACUCGGUCUCAUCGAGGCAUUGAACAAACCUCCACAAAGCUUAUCCGAUAUUGAGCUAAGCAACGCUCGCAGGGAGUUGAUCGAGCUAACAGAAGCAGGCUUCAAGCUGGCCUGGUUGAAGACAAAGCUUGAUGAGCUUUCCUUGGAAAGGAAGAAAGCAAAUGAUGAUGAUGUUUCUCGAGUCCAGGCCACGGAACAAGUCAAGAAUCUCAACUUUGAACUGGACACGGAAAAGGUCAAAUCUGCUACUUGUGCUGCUAAAGUUUUGUCGUUGGAGCAGAAGGUGUCUGAUCUCAGAGCUGAGCUGAGCAAGGAGAAGGCCAAAUCUACUACUUCAAAAGACGACGUGCUCGAGGGUGUUAUUCACUCUUGGGAACUAUUGGAUUACGCGGAUCUUCUGUAAUGAAAAAGUAGAAUAAAAAACAUUUUAUUUACUAGGUUUUCUGGUUUCUUUUACAAAUCAAUAAAUUCUGAGUUUUAUGGUCGU